UUCACCUCCUCCAGUUCGAGCGUUCGUCUACAUCGCAUUCGACCAGAUACACCGAAGACACAGCAAUCGACCACCACCAAGCCGGGCUGAAGCUACUACAAGCUCCGCUCACCAGAAGUCGCCCGCACUCGACAAAAUGCCUUUCAUCACCGUGAAGGACGGCACCGAGAUCUACUACAAGGACUGGGGCAACAGAGAUGGGCCGACGGUGGUCUUCUCCCACGGGUGGCCCUUGAACGCCGACAACUGGGAAGCGCAGAUGUUCUUUCUGGCCAACCAGGGCUACCGCGUGAUUGCGCACGACCGUCGCGGCCAUGGUCGGUCCAGCCAGCCAUGGGACGGGAACGACAUGGACACAUACACCGACGACUUGCUCGCCCUCUUCGAGCACCUGGACCUCAAGGACGUCAUGAUGGUCGGCCACUCCACCGGCGGCGGAGAAGUGACUCGCUUCCUGGGCCGGCACGGCAGCAGCAGAGUCCGCAAGGCCGUCCUCGUCGCCGCGAUCCCGCCGCUGAUGCUCAAGACCGAGACCAACCCGCUGGGCCUGCCCAUGGGCGUCUUCGACGGCUUCAGGGCGGCCAUGGAGAAGGACCGCGCGCAGUUCUUCCUCGACGUGCCCUCGGGCCCGUUCUUCGGGUACAACCGCGACGGCGCGCGCGUCAGCCAGGGCCAGAUCUGGAGCUGGUGGCAGCAAGGGAUGAUGUGCGGGUUCAAGAACGCGUACGAGUGCAUCCGCGUCUUCUCCGAGACCGACAUGCGGGAGGACAUGAAGAAGAUUGACAUUCCGGUCUUGGUCAUCCACGGUGACGACGACCAGAUCGUCCCCAUCGCGGCCAGUGCCCACGAAUCGAUCAAGUUGCUGAAGAACGGAAAGUUGAAGAUCUACCCCGGCGGGGCGCACGCGCUGCCCAACACCGUCCCAGACGACAUCAACAAGGACUUGCUCGAGUUCUUCCGGGCUUAAAUUGCCGAGAAAAGACGCCGGAUUGGUGUGGCUUUCGUCCACACUUUGCCGGGGCAAACAUUCAUGCAGGAAAUGGUGCAAAGAGGAAAGAAAACACUCGUUUAUAUACUUGGGCUUUGAAGCCAACAACAAACCCCCCCUCCAACCCGGGCGGUGGCAUCAGAUAGUUUGCAGACACUCGUUACGAAAUGAC